AUGUUUGACAGUAAUUUCCUUUUGAGUUUCUACAAUGAGAUUGCAAAUAGAAGUGCACUACAGUUGGCAAGUGCUGGAAUGAUGGGCGAGGGCCUGCUGACCUUGACGUACGGCAAGCACCACGCCUGCAUCCUGAACGAGGUGGGGGCGGCGUGGCGUGGUGCCAGGUACUCCGACCUGGUGCUGGUUUGUGACGACGCCGUGCCAUUGGCCGCCCAUCGGAUCGUUAUGGCCGCAGCUAGCCCUCUCAUUAGAAAAAUCCUGGACGACACGCCUUCAGUUGAAAACCCGGUGACGAUUCAUAUGUCUGGUAUAAAUAGUACUUUGAUGAGGCAUCUUCUUGUUUUUCUAUACAGUGGUCAAGCGUACAUAGAGUCAGGAGAAAUUGAUGAUAUGCAAGAAUUAUUCGAACUCCUAGAAAUUAAAUCGGAUGUUUGGAAAUCAACAAAAGAGCGACAACAGGCAGAAGAAAGGAAUAGAUCGUGUGACAGGUUAAAAGCAAAGAGAACAGAUAUAAACAGCAAUGAAAGUAGUAAACAUGAUGCACCGUCGGGAUCUUCACAUUCAGAGAGUGAAAGAAUAACACCAGGUGCAGGCUAUAGCAGAGAGAAAGAGAGAGGCGAAUCAGAGUCGUUAAGCAUAAAAAAGGAGAACAUGUCUACGAGCAGCAAUGAUGAACGAGAUGAGGAUGACGAUGGUGAAGGCAAGGAAUGUGGUCGACUGUCCUCACGCCGGCGGAGUUCAUCCAACCCCGUCAACUUAUCCGUUGCAAGAAAUUCAGAAAACGCUGGCAGUGAACAUGAUGACUCACAGGACUUAGAUGUUGAAACAGUGGCGGCAAAGAACAUUGAACGUAGACGGUCUACUUCAUCAAGCCAAGAAGAUCCACCUCCUGAACCUGGAUACCGAAGACUAUUAAAUGAUCGACUCGGAAGAGGUAGUGAGAGAACAAAAAGAAAGUCACAUUACUUAGAGCCACCUGAAAUGGAUUUGCGAACUGUUAAACUGGAAGAUUACGCACAUUUGAAGCCGCCAGAUCAAGACAUAAUGUCUCUCGUACAAACGUCCCCCGAAAAUUAUGUUGUUACACCGCACAGAAAACGUCGACCAGGCUUCCAUAACUCACCAUCACAAAACCCUCCAUUCGUGUCGUUUCCUCCAAGCUACUUAGAAGAAAUGGCUCAUCUACGAUACGCGCAAGGUCCGGGAGUAGCGGCCGGAGUAGCCAGACUCGGUGCCCUACACCCACUAAGCGCUUCAGCACCCCCGUUCCUUCCAGAAAGAAGUAUUACUCCCCCCGCCGCGGCCCACGAUGAUACACUUAAAUAUCGUCCUCCAAGCGCCGGUUCGUGGGGUCCGUGGUUAUGUCAGCCGCAAAUGGGCGGCGAUGAAGCGCCAUCAACAGAGCAUGAACAGGGCUCGAGUAAACAGGCUCCAGUAAGAGAAUACCGUUGCGAAUAUUGCGGCAAACAGUUCGGUAUGUCGUGGAAUCUCAAAACUCACCUCAGGGUGCACACGGGAGAAAAACCGUUCGCGUGCCGGCUUUGCGUUGCCAUGUUCAAGCAGAAGGCGCACUUGUUAAAGCAUCUGUGUUCCGUGCAUCGGAAUGUAAUAUCGUCGAGCGAGAACGACGGCAGAACUAACACGCCGGGCAAGUUUAACUGCUGUUUCUGCCAAUUAACCUUUGAGGCGUUACCGGAGCUGAUUCGACAUCUUUCUGGACCGCACAAUAGCCUUCUGCUAAGCAAAAAUCUGCACGAAUGA